GCUCAAAAACACUCUCUUUCUCUCACACAGUGGCUGACACGGGGCCAAAGACGUACGGUCCACACAAACACACAGACGAACACGCACACAGACACAAGCACACACACCCCUACACACAGAGACUAGCCUCACCAGGGAAGAAUAGUGAAGGAACAGAAGAAAGUCGAAGGAAGGAAGGAAGGGAGGUAGAAAAGUGAUUCAGAGCCGUCCAUUCUGAGGUUGUCUGUAGAAGAGAAGACAAAAGGAGACAUCAGGGAAAGACACAAGACCAGAGGAAGACUCAUCACUCAGGUUCUCCAGUGUAAAGGAGGAACCCUGCGGAACCCUGCUGUGAACGGUUCCAUCUCUGGACGCCUCGAAGCUACAUGAGUGGCGUCCACGUGACCUGGCCUCCGCCUCUCAGUGUGAGAGUGACUGUGUGUGUGUGUAUUCUCUCUCCCCAUCAUGCUGUGGACAGUGUUGCUAGCUCUGCUGGUUCUGCUCCUUCUGCAAACCCAGCUGUGCAUCUGCCUACGGGAGCUCCGCAUAGCCAGCUCUUCCUCCUCCUCCUCCUCCUCCUCCACCUCUUCCUCCCCUCCCCUCCGCAACGCCACCCAGCAGCGCCUGCCUGGCGCCAUCAUCAUCGGCGUGAGGAAGGGGGGUACCAGGGCCCUGCUGGAGAUGCUCAACCUGCACCCGGACGUGGAAGUGGCCAAGGCCGAGGUCCACUACUUCAACGUGGAGGAGCACUACCGCCGGGGCCUGGCCUGGUACCGGGCCCAGAUGCCCUUCACCCUCCCCAGGCAGCUGACUGUGGAGAAGACCCCUGGGUACUUCUCCUCCCCCGAGGUGCCGGCACGCGUCUGGGACAUGAACCCGGCAGUCCGCCUCCUCCUCAUUGUCCGCGACCCGGCUGAGCGCCUGGUUUCCGACUACACCCAGGUCCUCCACAACCGCCUGGCCCGCAACAAGCCCUACCAGACCCUGGAGGAGCUGCUCCUGGGGCCCGAGGGACGCAUCGACCCUGCCUACAAGGCCCUGCAGCGCAGCCUGUACCACCAGCACCUGGCCCGCUGGCUGGAGGUCUUCCCCAGAAAGCAGGUCCACGUGGUGGACGGGGAGGCCUUGGUUCAGGACCCCUUCCCGGAGCUGCAGCGGGCCGAGAGGUUCCUGGAGCUCCCGCCGCGCAUCUCACCCUCCAACUUCUACUUCAACACCACCAAGGGCUUCUACUGCCUGGUGGCGGCCGGCGGCCAUGACAAGUGCCUGGACGAGUCCAAGGGGCGCCCACACGCUCCGCUCAGCGCCCAGGCCUUCAAGAAGCUGUGUCGCUACUUCAGGGAGGCCAACAGGAUGUUCUUCGACAUGGUGGGCCGCACCUUCUCCUGGUGCUGACCAGCUCAGCUGGGGGGAGGGGGUCCCGAGGGAUCAUGUGACUUUCAGCCUAUCGGUGAAGAGGAUUUUUUCCCACCGGCAGCUGGGUUGAUGGAGGGAUCUGUCAGGUCACCUGGUUGGGAUGCCUGGUGUGCUUGGGUCAAGCGACCAGACCGAGAGCUGAGAGAGACCAGCAAGUCUUAUUCCAGUGCUGCACUACCCUCUACUGGCAGGGCCUAUGUAUGAACACAUGGCAGACUCGAUGAUGUCUUACAGGGCAAAAUGUUGUUUUUAAGGCCAUAGUAACAGUGCCAUUUGUUUGUGACAAUUAAACCAUCGGGAUAAUGAAAGAAGAAUGAGGAGAUCUUGUGAGCAGGACAACACGGGGCGACACACAGACGUGAUGAAAUGUGUGAUUAAAAUAGCAGAUAGCUAAAUGUGGGAUCUGAGAGGUGCUUAUUGUUGCACUAUGAACUGGUCAAGACUUUGCAGAUUCACUGUACCAGCUAGUCAGCUAAAACGUGAAGAUGCUCAGACUGUAUAAAGAAUGACUGUGAAAAGAAAUGUGCUUGUUGAAGUAGUUAUGUUUGAAUGUUUACCCAUUUAGAUUUUUAUGCUGGACUACCCUUUUAAAGGUUUAAUAGAAAUCUCUAUUUCUGGUCUCUUGAAUUUAGCUACUUCAAGGAGUUUUAGUUGCAAAGUAUUGUAAGCUUCAUUUUUUAAACACUUCUUCAAUAAAC